GCUGUAAUGUGGUGUUGGUGUACCAGAGGCGCUGUGGCUGCCAAACAGACAUCCGCUGACAGGCACCGAAGAAGCGGACGACGCAGGAAGCAAACCGCCUCUCUGGUGGAUGAUCCUGUCGCUGACAUCAACACAAGAUGAAUGUGCUCAAAAACACAAUUUUACAUCCACACCUGCGCGACGAGGAGGCUGCGGUGGUGGAAAACGCCAUCCGGCUGGCGAUAGACUCGGUGAUAAACGUGCUGUGCGGUGUCAACAGUGCCAAGACGCAUGAGCACCGCCGGAUGGUGGCCGACAGGGACAAAGAGAUCCAGCGGCUGGAGUGCAGGCUGAAGGAGAUUGAACACGAGCUGCAGGUGCUUCGCAGACAUGGAUGUACCUGCGGGUCACAGCCCAACACCUGUGACCCGCACAGGGGGGAGCAGAGCGGGUUUGAACCGGGCGGAGAGAUCAGCGCAGCGCAGCAGCAGCAGGAGUGUGAGAUGAGCAUCUCGUUGGGUCUUUUUGCAAGACCACCAUCACACAUCUCCUCCCAAAGCCUCGAGUCGGCUCUUCCGUCGUCCCCCAGCAGAAUGGGUCUGGACCAGAGCUGCACCUCGCACUUCUCAGAGUCUUCGGGUGUGUCGGAGACAGCCAAUAAUCUGUCCCAAUCCCCGAGCGGCAUCGUCGUCAAAGAGGAGCCGUGUGAAAUCGACGCAGUCUUAAUCAAGUGGGAAAUGAGUGAAGAGAGAUUCGGGGAGCAUCAGGAGAGCUCAGGCAGUCCUUGUCAGGACACAGAGAGCUUUGGUGUAAAAGAAAGGUUUAAGGAGAAACCUCAUGCAGACCCAGAUGGACCUCACUUCACCGAGGGAGAAAACCUGAGGAACAAGAAGAAGACCGUGCCGAUGUCCGAGCUGCCGGAGGAGACGCAGAGACUAAAGAGGGCAGCCUGGAGAGCAGCAUCCAAGCGGUACUACGCCCGAAAAAUAGCCCGCCAACAGGCAAGCUCCUCACGCCCUGGCCCUUUUCCGCACAUUACAGACUCCAGGUUCACACAACCCAUCACUUUAGUGGAUAAAAGAAGGAGGACGACGACGAGGAUGAUAUCAGAGUUGACUGACGAGUCUCAGACUCUGCAGAGGGAGGCCUGGAGAGCCGCGUCCAGGAGGUACUACGCACGGAAAAAAAUCGCUCACCACCGGGAUGAGUCCAUGCAGUACAUGCACCUGCUGCAGAACAUAGAGCCGUCUGAUGAAACACUGGGACCAAACAGAGGAGGAUCCCACACCAACAGUGGGGGAAUAAUGUGCAGCUGAUAGACAGUGACGCUUGGGGAUUUUAAUUCUGCAUAUGUUCAUCGUCGUGUUACGUAAAAACACUGGACCAUGUGAAUGUUUGUGAGGUUUCUUUGGGUUGAUUUGUAUUGGUGAGGUUUGUCCGAUGGGCUCCAAAACAUAAUGUUUUCAAUGAAACAUUUAUUUUGAUGUGUUUCUUUAUAGUUUUAUGCAAAUAACCUCCCUGAGAACUGCAGUCAUGUCACUUUGGUUUUGAUUUCUCACACUUUUUUUUUACUCUCUUUCUUCACUGCAUCGCAUGCGUGUACAAACACUAACAGCCAAUGAAGACCGAGUAAAAGCAUCAGAGGCAUUAUUAUUAUUCUAAAGCUAUUGUACAGCAUUACUCAUGUACCAAUGCAGCGCCCCUGGAGUCUAACGUCUGUAACUACAAUCCAGGCAUCUUUUAAUGAUUCUGUUAUGAGCUCAACAUCUCUAAUUCUCCUGAUAGAUGAAGAGUUACCAGUUGAAUUCUCAUUGGUGAGACUUAAAAAUGUUUUUUUUUGUUCUUUUUUUCUUGAAACAUGAUGAAUAAUAAAGACAAUUUAAAUACAACUGUGGCACUGUGUUUCUCUCGCCUUUGUCUAAAUUUGUCUUUUAACAGUUUCAUGUGUUUUUUUUUAAAUCAGACGUUCAUGUAAACUUGAACU